GCACGCACCGAGGCGACCUCGACGAAUGGCGUGAAGAGGGUCGGUUCGUGGGCGCGGCGUACGACGCUCUGCGUCGGUUCCGCCCUCGAAAUCCAGGCGAACGGAGACAGUUGCGAGGGUAAAAAGAGAGGGGAAGAGAGAGAGACGAAGAAUGGAUCCCUCCAGCAGGUCGCGGACCGGUCCUACGGGCAGUCCACGCUCAGUCAACACCGGUACUCCAUUCGAGUACGUUCGACUGUUUGCGACGCUCACUUGCACCCAAACGAAGGAAUCCUUGGUCUCUUGUGUGUAUUUUCCCUUCUCUCUCUCUUUCUCUCUCUCUUCCUCCCUCUUUCUCUCUCACUCUCUCUUCGAUUCUCUCUCUCUCUCUCUCUCUUUCUCUCUCGCCCAUAUAUAUAUAUAUAUAUAUACGCCUCUGCCGUAUGUCGUAAUCUCGUAAUUACCGUGACGCAAUUUCCAAGGAAUGGAUUAUAACAAUACAACAAGGGGAAUGUAAGAAUUUAUCGGAUAUUGAAUGAACGUGAGGAGGAGAACUGUCAGCGAGCGCGAUACCCGCUCGCUAGUGAGUGAAGUUCGACGGAAAGAUCGAAUAUUUUGUGCAAAGUCGCGUAAAACGACGCGUCGAAAGUCGUAUAUAAUAAUAAAUAAAAUAAGGAGCAAACGUUGAUCAAAAAGAAGAAAGUGAAGAAGUUGCAAACAUGUUAAACUCUCAUCAACAACAUCCCGGCUAUGGAUUCCUCUCCGGUAUGGAUCUGCACACGGUCCACCACGUGGGCCAGGACAUGAACGUGGCCAAUCAACCGAUAGCGGCGUCGCAGGAGCAGCACAUCAAGCGGCCUAUGAACGCGUUCAUGGUGUGGUCGAGGAUACAGAGGAAGAAGAUCGCCCUGGAGAAUCCCAAGAUGCACAAUUCCGAGAUAUCGAAGCGGUUGGGAGCCGAGUGGAAACUCUUAUCCGACACGGAGAAGAGACCGUUCAUCGACGAGGCGAAACGUCUCCGCGCCAUGCACAUGAAGGAGCACCCCGACUACAAGUACCGUCCACGAAGGAAGCCGAAGGUGCCCGUCUCCGUGGUUCCAGGAUCGAAGACCACCUCCAUGAGCCCGGGCGGCUUCCCCAGUUUCCCCCUGCCGCCAUAUUUCGCCGCACCUGCCGCCCCGGUGUCUCAUCAUCAUCAUCACCCUCACCCCCUCGAUUAUCCACCUCUGCCGUCGUACUUUGGCUCCGCCUUCGACGCCGUCCACCUGAGCAAGCUGGUGGCCGGUGGCGGUGGAACAGGGUCCACGUCGAGCAGCGCGGCCGCCGCGGCCGCCGCCGCGGCAGCGGACGCGGCCAACAACAACGCCGCUUCCGCCGCUGCCGUGGUCAACAGCUUCUACUCGGGCUUCUACUCGACGCCUACCACGCCUGGCAAAGCGUACCCGUCAACGGCCUCCCAUCUCGGCCCGCUCUUCCCCCCUGGUGGACACCACACCAUGGCCGCCAACGCGCCUCAUCCACCCCUCAUGUUCUCGUCGUCGACGACCGGGUCGGGAAGCGGAGUGACGACCACCAGCAGCCCGGCAAGCAGCCCGAGAUCCACUCCAUCGUCCCAACAAGUAUCCACGGCAACGUCAUCGACCACGCUGGAUCUCGAGCAACUACGCCGGCCAGUCUCCGUAAUAUUCUAGAUCAUCGAUCCGCCUUGCUGUAGAUUCCAAAGAACCUUGAUCGUGAAUGAUCCAAUGAUUUCGUGCUCGUGAAACGAAAAUUGCAACAUGAUCCGUGGUGAACGAAUAGGGAACGGGUAGAAGGAGGGGGGGCAAAGAAGGAGAAUUCAGACUUGACUCGAAUAUAUAUAUAUAUAUAUAUAUAUAUAUAUAUAUAUAUAUAUAUAAGAGAUCGAGCAUUUCAACGAGCAGAUUUAGUUUUUAAUAUAAUAUAUCGAUAUUUUAAAUAUCGUAAACGUGUAGUAUCUUGUCGAAGUAUGCUCUUCUCGUCGGCAAAAUCGUGGACGUUGGUAUCGUGCUGCUAGUGCGUUCGAGAAACAACCAUCAUCGCCGUAUGGCGUGCAUCGGCGUGCGGGUCGAUCUGACGAACGAGGGAAAAUCUUGUGGGAAUUUUUUUUUUUUCUUUCUUUUCUUCCACUUCGACGAAAUUAGCUAUGCCUAAGUGGAGAGGGGGGGGACAUGGUGAUUUUCAAGGCCGAUUCAUCGAUCGAUCGAGGUUGUCGCGAAAGGCUUGCCGGCAACCACGCGGAUAAUUGAAUUAGCAUAUUAAUGCCCCGGGACAAAAGAGCCAUUUAGAGCCUGGUUUCGUUUUUGUUUUAUUAUAUUCAUUGUGCGCUACGAUGUUCCGUGAAUAGAGAUCCCUCCUCCCUCAUGGUGAUAAUCUGUAUUGUUUCCAAAUAAUGUUUUCUAAUUACGAAUGUGCCUUUUGUAUGAUUUCUCUCGAAAAAAACAAGGACACGAGCGAUGAAAAUUCCGUUCAUUUUCGUUCAUGUACGAAAUUUAUCCUUAUCUCAAGCUCAAAAAAAAAGAAAGAAAAGCUAGGAGCUUUUGAAUUAAAAUUAAAUUUCUUAAGUUUCGUGAUACCAUGAGUUUAAGAACGCGUUUCUGGAUCAUAGAAUUGAUUUCUUCGUGCGAUAAGGAUAAAAUCGAAACACUUUUACGUUAAUGUGUUCGAGGAUCUGUUUCAUUUUUAUCUGGAAUACCUUACGAGCUAACUCUAUCACGACUUCGAACAACUCGGUUCGCUCUGAACGAAAUAUCCCUAAUAGACUUUGUCCGAUGCUUUGCACUCCGAUGCAGACCUCGUUGCCUUUCUCGAGCAUCGUUAUCGUUCGUAAUGUAUCAUUUUUACGAAUGUAAAUAGUUUGUAACGAUAGACGAUUCGCGCACAGUAAGGAACGAGCCGAACUUUAAUUCUGUAGCUUCUAGAAACUAGUUUUUUCUCAUGGCUUAUAUCAUAUUUCAACGUUAUUUGUAAAGUGAGUUUCCUCGACCGUUCUCGACUCGAUCACUCGAAAAUUUAAGAAAUUCUUUAAUGAAUAAAUGUGUUUUGAAGAAGAAUACGUUUCGUUGAUCAACGAAAUUCGCAAAGGAUGUUAUGUUGUGCGUUUCGUCCAGGGCAUAGAACGAGAUUUAAUUUAGAAAAAAAAGAUUAAAUCGAAUUUACGUUUUUUGUAUAAAGAGAAUGUACGAAUGACGAAGAAGACGAACAGAAAAUGGUUCGAGAAAUUGAUUUAUUAAUUGAAGACGUAGCAUGCGUUAACAAUGAACGAUCAAACCUCGACGAUUUAUAUUAUUUAAUUGCAUAUAAUUUAUUGUAUAAUUGAAUUGUAUAUUUAUAUUUAAAAAAAAAGUGAUGAAAAAUUUUUUUAAAAUAUACAUAUGGUUAAAAAAAUAUUUCUUGAAUUGUUUUAUGUUCGUUGUUUGUUAUUGUCAUUUUAUUAAGCUUCUCUCGAAAGCUUCUUUUUUUUUUUUUUUGCAUUUUUGUAUAAAUCGGAUCAAUUGUUAACUGUGAUUUUGUUAGGCCCCAUAAUAAUCGCAUUUCAUCAAAUUUCUUCGCGCUUUCAACGUUAACAUUACACGUUUUUGUGUAUUUUCUUUCCGUUUAAAAAAAAAAGGAAAAAGAAAAAAAAGAAAAAUUACAAAUAUCACAAAUAAAAUCGCAAAAAAAAAUUAUAUCUUUUAUGUUAUAAUUUUUUUUUUUAAUCUUUUAUAUUUAUUACGCCCUUGAAAAAGGCAUUCGAUAUUGUUGCAUCGUGAAUAGAAUCGUUUGUAUCGUGUCUGAUAUAUAUUUAUUUGUAUUGCUGCUUUUAUUUAAUUUUUAUACCGCGUCAUUAUUGCCUUCCCUCUUUCUCUCUCUGAUUUUUUAUUUUCAUUUCCAUUUCCAUUUCUAUUCUUUUUUUUUUUUUUAAAUUACCUUGCAAUCUAAUUUACACGCAGCAUGUAAAUGAAGCAUGUACUAUAUAAAGUAUAUUAUUAUUAUUAUUAUGUAUAAAUGUUAUUCAAAUAUAAUUAUUAUAAAAGGAAACCAAAAAAAAAAAAGAUGAAAGAAAAGAUAAGAUUGUCAACGUGGUCAUGAUAAAAAUAAGUUAUACAUAUACAUUGUACACAUAUGUAUGCGAGCAUGAAUGUGUUUAAGCCAGAUACAAUUAGUAUUCCAUUAUGAAUGAAUUGUUAUUACUUGUUUGUAUCACGAUCGUGUGUAACGCGUCCAUUCGACGCGAACGAUGUUUGUUGAACGAUCGAUCGAAAUUUCACGUGAGCGGAUUUCAUUCUAAAAAGGAAAAAAAUGAGAGAGAGGGAGAGAGAGAGAGAGCGCACGAGCGAGCGAGCGAGUGAGCGAGAGGGAGAGAAAUUAAUCGUGAUCUAACGAACAGAGAAAAUUUAUCACAGAAAGCGACCGAUGGGUUGUCGAAAUAAUAAUAAAAAAAAAAAAAAACAACGUAUCUUGUCAUAUAUGUGCAAAUAUUUAUUAUUAUCAACGAAUCAAAGUAAUAAAUGACUCUAUCAAUUUCA